AACAGGAGCAAAUGCCUGGAGAAAGUCCAUGUUGUUCUUGGGAAUAAAUCCUGUGAUUUGGAUUCACUCAUUUCUACCUUGGCCUAUGCCUACUUUCUAGACAAGGUCAGUCCUCCUGAUGUUCUUUGCUUACCUGUUUUGAACAUACCACGAAAAGAUUUUAGCUACUUUACAGAGAUGAGAUUUAUAUUGGAGGAGCUGAAUAUCCCGGAGUCAUACCAUAUCUUCCGAGAUGAGAUCAAUUUGCACCAGCUGAAUGCUGAAGGGAAAUUGUCUUUAACGCUUGUAAACAGCAACAUGCUGACAAGUGAGGAUAAAAGUUUGGAAUCAGCUGUUGUCAAAGUCAUCAAUCCAGAUGAGCCAUGUGAUGGCAGCCUGGAGUUACAAGCAUCUUCUUCCUCUUUAGUAGUAAAAGAGAUUCUUCAAGAGGCACCAGAGUUAAUCACUCAGCAACUGGCUUAUCUCCUCAGAGGAAGCAUUCUCUUCAAGUGCAUGUCUUCAGAGGCUGACAGAAUUACAGAGCAGCAGGAGGAAGUCCUGUCAAUGCUAGAGGAAAAGUUUCCAGAUCUACCCCCACGAGAAGAAAUUAUCUCUGUCCUCCAGGAGACUCAGUUUAACUUGCAAG